AGGGCAGCACUUCCGCUAUGUAGAUACAUCAUGCUGCGGGAUGGCAGAUGCGCAGCGGUUUGGUCAACAAGUCGUUGAGCGAGCGCCACCUGAGAUGGUCUCCAAGGACGUGCACGUCCCAAAGUUGGCCGAGGUCUGCAUGCGCCAGGCGGUGCGCUUGGAGGAGCUGCAAGCGGAGCUGGAGAAGGCGAGGAAUGGAGAAAGAUUGGCGCAGGAGGCUUUGGAAAAGGAACGCAAGACGCAUGCGCAAGAGACGGCGGAGUACACAGAGAAAGUGGAGCAGAUGAGCAGCUUUCAGGCUGCCUUGCAGCGAGAGAACAAGCUCUUGCUGGAGGAGCUGGUCUCCAUCCUGGGACGGACCAAGGUUCUGAAUGCAGAGAUGGCUUGGAUCCACCAGAGUCUGCCGCGAAAUGAGUGCAGCAGCCAAAAAGCCUUUCCCAGCUCUCCAAGCAACUCACAGCAGGUGCUUCCACUGCCACAGCACGGAAUGCUUUCGCCGCAGCACGCGCUGCUUUCACCCCCGCAGCCAUGCGCGCCGCACAUUGGUUGGCUGCAAGGCCAGGCCGAAGCAUCGGCAUCCUUGAUCCAUCCAAUGAGACGUGCCUGCGAGGCCAAACGAUUCGGCCCCAGUGACUACCACGUGGUUCCAGCGUACACUGACAUCAGAUCGCUGCAGAACAGUCAGUUUCAGAAAAAAACACGCCGUUGGAUUCCACUUCCUUGA